AUGAAAGUUGAAGAAAAAACAUAUAAGCAAUUCACCGUUGAUCAGAUCACUCUAAUUAACGGUGAACCAGUGUUUGUUCAAGAAAUUCAAAAUCGAACUGAAACGUUCAAUAAUAAUGCCAUACCACUUAUUGAGACAGAUGAUGAAGACGACAAUUCUAUUGAUAAAUUAAUAAUAUCAGUGUUCGAUUGUUAUUCCGUAAUUUGUCAAAAUCAAUUCUUGCAGGAGAGUACUCAUAUAUCACAAUUUAUUUCAGAUUGCAUAUUAUUUCAAAAUUAUCAUAUCCUUGAAGUUAGAAUUAGUGUUUAUAAUUGUCUUUCAAAAUUAUGCAUCAAAAAAUUCAAAAGCAGUUUUGAUAUCAUUAAAACAGAAAAAGAUUUUAUAAGGUCACUUCUAUUUUAUGCUCAAUGGACAGAAAAUUUAGAAAUUCUAAAUUCAAUUGCAAAUAUAAUUCGAUUUUUAGUUUCUAUUUCUGAUAAAAAUCAAAGAAAAUACCUAGUAAAAUAUGGUGUUGUUGAUGCUUUGGAGUUUCUUUUAUUCAAAGAUAUUGAUUAUGAUAUUCUUCUUGAAAUCAUCGGAUUUUUGAUGACUUUUUCUGAUGAUAUUGCAAUCCAACUUAUUGAAAAGCAAAUUCUUCAAUAUUUUCUCUCAUGCGUUAACCAAUCUUUACCAAAUGACUCAAAAAUAAUUUUUGCAGAAUUUUUUGCUCGAGUUGUAAGACAUUUGCCAAUAUCAUAUUCACAACUUCUAUUUUCAAAUGAUACCGUAAUUGAAAUUGCAAUUUCGGCUUUUAGAACAGUUAAUCCUAGUUUAGCGUUUAGAAUUCUUCAAGCAUUUCAGAAACUAUUGACUGGCCUAAAAGAGGAUCCUCAGAACGAAUUUGCAGUCAAACUUGCAACUAUUUUAGUACAUUCUGGCGAAUUUGAGGAAGAUGAAAUAUUUGAAAAUGAUAAACUUGAUGCUGAAUACACAAAACUGAGACAAUAUCUUUAUGAUUUGAAUUCUGAUUCCGAAUCAUGA